CCCUCCCCCAGGUGCCCGGCAGUGCUGGGCCCCAGGGAGGGGCAGGACCCCCGGCCGGUGCUGACUCUGCCUGGGUUCCUUGGUGCUGCAGGCUUGGACCAUGAGCUGGCCUUCUCCAAGAUCAUCGUGGAGCUGCGGAAGAAGCACCCCGGCCACAUCCUGCCGGUCAACGCGGGCGGGUGGAUGGGCUCCAUGUGCGUGCUCCACGCCUCGCUGACCGAGUACGUGCUGCUCUUCGGGUCGGCCAUCGACACCGGGGGCCACUCGGGUCGCUACUGGGUGGAUAUCUCCGACACCAUCAUCUCGGGAACAUUCCGGCAGUGGAAGGAAGGGACGACCAGAAGUGAAAUCUAUUAUCCAGGGGACACCAUAGCGCACCCGUCCGGCGAGGCCACGGCUGUCCAGUGGAGUGCCGGCACCUGGAUGGUGGAGUACGGCCGUGGCGUCAUCCCCUCCGCCCUGCUGUUCAGCUUGGCCGACACCGUCUUCAGCACUCAGGACCUUGUCACCCUCUUCUACACCCUCCGGGUUUAUGCCAAAGCCUUGCUCCUGGAAGCCAGCGCCUACUUUAGCCACCUGGCCCAGUGAGCCCCCCUUCCCAAGCACCAACACAGCCUUCCAGGAAGAGGUACCCUUUUCCCAUCCCCCCAGUCACGCAGAUUGUCCCACAAAGGCAGGGGGCAAUUGCAUCCCUCCUCUUCCCCUGCGCCCAUGGAGGAGGCCAGGUU